AUGGCGGAUUCGCUGUCGACAGGUCCGGUAGAGGAGAAGGAAAAAGAGAAGGAGGACAGGGAGAGAGCCACUAAGGCCGUUAACGCGGACCAGAAUAAAAAGAAAGACGGACUUACUGACACGCGGGGGUUUCAUGAUAAAAAUGGCGGCGCUAGAGGCCAAAAAGGCAACCUGUCAGAUCUGUCUCUGGUCAGAUUCAUAACCACUGAGCUAACCAGAGGCUACUUUCUGGAACACAAUGAGGCCAAAUACACGGAGCGCAGAGAGAGGGUCUACACCUGCCUCCGCAUCCCCAAGGAGCUGGAGAAGCUGAUGACUUUCGGCUUCUUCCUCUGUCUGGAUACUUUUCUGUACGUGUUCACCCUGCUGCCGCUCCGAGUGAUUCUGGCCCUUUUACGACUCCUGACUGUGCCAUGCUGCGGCCUCGGCGGCUCCCGUUUGCUGCAGCCUGCCCAGGUGUGCGACGUCCUGAAGGGCUUCAUCAUGGUGCUGUGCUACUCCAUGAUGAGCUACGUGGAUUACUCCAUGAUGUACCAUCUGAUCCGGGGACAGUCCGUCAUCAAACUCUACAUCAUCUACAACAUGUUGGAGGUUGCCGAUCGCCUCUUCUCGUCGUUUGGCCAAGACAUCCUGGAUGCUCUGUACUGGACCGCCACCGAGCCCAAGGAGAAGAAGAGAGCACACAUAGGAGUGAUUCCUCACUUCCUCAUGGCUGUGCUCUACGUCUUCCUUCAUGCCAUUCUCAUCAUGGUUCAGGCCACUACACUGAAUGUAGCCUUCAACUCCCAUAACAAGUCUCUGCUCACCAUAAUGAUGUCAAACAAUUUUGUGGAAAUCAAAGGAAGCGUGUUUAAGAAGUUUGAAAAGAACAACCUGUUCCAGAUGUCCAACAGCGACAUAAAGGAGAGGUUCACCAACUACAUCCUUCUGCUCAUUGUCUGUCUGAGAAACAUGGAGCAGUUUUCAUGGAAUCCUGACCACUUCUGGGUCCUGUUCCCAGACGUAGUCAUGGUGAUCACAUCAGAAGUGGCAGUGGACGUUGUCAAGCACGCCUUCAUCACCAAAUUUAAUGACAUCAGUGCUGACGUGUACGGAGAAUACAGAGCCAGCCUCGCCUUCGACCUCGUCAGCAGCCGACAGAAAAAUGCUUACACCGACUACAGCGACUCCGUAUCCAGAAGAAUGGGCUUCAUUCCACUUCCUUUAGCUCUGCUGCUGAUCAGAGUGGUGACGAGCUCAGUGAAGAUCCAGGGCUCGCUCUCCUUCAUGUGUGUGCUGCUGUUCUACUUGGGGAUGAUCACGCUGAAGGUGCUCAACAGCAUCGUUCUCCUUGGAACAUCCUGCAUGUUUGUCAAAGAGGCCAAGAUGGAGGAAAAGCUGUUUGACCCGCCCCCGUCUGUCGCCUCCAGCCGUGCUAACUCCAGAGCCAACCGCAGCAAAAGCACUCACUCCGCAGCGCCGCAAGAGCCCACGUCAGACAGCGCAGGAGUAUCACUGACACCGGGCGUUUCUCCACCCACAGAGAAACCAGAGGGCACCUCCUCCGCCAUCCCAAAGAGCGACUCGGACACGUUCCUGACGACGCCAGACGAGGACGACGAGGACAAAAUUCUAAACAAUGACAUGAGACUGGAAGGAGACGGACUCAAACACAGAACGCCCAAGAAAGACUUGCUGGAGAUAGACCGAUUCACCAUCUGCGGAAACCGGAUAGACUGACCGUCGAAGGGAACCCCACUCCCUGUCCAGGGAUCUGACGAGGGUCACGGAGCGCGCUCAGACCCGACUUGCACUUAUGCACCUGACUCUCUCAGUAUUUAUUUAUUUAUUACUGGCAAAAACCAGCCAAGGCAUCAAGCUGUUACAUCAGACGUUUCCAGAUGGGUGCUGCAAGAACACCAGGAAACAACCAAACAGAGAAUAAAACCACUGAAAGGAAACCCAGUCUGGAUUGUUGGAGCAUUGCAGCUGGACUGUGAGGUUGUGUGUGUUUCAAAAGCACAAUUAUUCCCUGAACAAAAAGUGUUUUUUUUUUUUUUUUAAUAGAACAAAAGUUGUCAGAUGUCGACUUUUUAUUUAAAAGAAAAUCUGACAAGUUUAACUCUUUAAAGUAUGUUUUUUUUAUUGAAAAUGUUGGAUGUUUUUUCUAAAUUUGAAGCCUUCAGCUGCGCAUGAAGGCAUUCUGCAGACACUGGCGCCAACACGUUCAGAAGGAGAGACGCAAACAAGCAUCCGAAAUCAUCGGCUUCAUUUUUCUGGGGAGUUUUAGUGUGAAAUCGUCUGUGUGGGUCUUCUCUUUCUUUUUAUAUCACUGGGAUGACUGUGUGAAGGCGUGUGAAGAUGCAGGUGAUUUUUUAAUUUUUUAUUUUAAGGGGAGAUUUCAGUUUCCAAAGUCGUGUAACUAUGGUAGCAACAUCGUCCUUGAGCAUGUUGGAGACGUUGAUCUUAUCCUUAAAUUCGCAACUGAAAUUCCUGCUAAAAGAAAUUAAUAGCUUUGGUUUGGGAGCGUUUCAGCUGUUCAAACCAGCGUGGAGUUCACUGUCUGCUGUCGCUCGCCGGCUCUGAUUUGUGAAGACUUGUCCUGUAAAUCAGCUGUUUGUGAACCAGUUGACCCAAAUUGCUGUGAAAUCUGCUGUUAAUCAGUUGAUUACGUGAAGUCGCCGCAGGUUUCCUCUCAUUUACCGCCAUCAGUUCCUAUGUUCAGCAAACAGACAAACACGCAGCUGAAAUCUGACCAUUUUAAUACCAGUGACAUUAAAACAGGUCUUCCUUAUUAGUUUUCUUUAACUUACACUGCAUUGAUAAACCAUGUAAAGCCUUUAACCUUUUUAAAUUUUUCAGACUUGGAUUUUCGGGGGGAUUUUUUGCGGUAGACAAACAUAAUUGUGAAGUAACAGGGAAAAAAUAAGGUUUUUAAAGGGACAGUGUUGUUUAAAAUCAAAUUUUUUGCCUUCCUGAAGGCUGAGUUUCAGGAAGAGCAGGCGUUUCUUAAAGAGACAGAGGCCCAAUUUCAAGGCAUUAAAUUACAAAGACAAAUUUAUUUCAAGUCAUAUUUGAAUACAAACAGAUUUUUUAUAACAACUGAACAACUGAACCGAGUUACUCAGUUGUGCCACUUUUUGCCUGUAAAAUACAUAGUACUGUCCCUUUAACAUUUUUUGCUCUAAACAAAAUGGAAAAGUGUGACUUGCGUUUGUCUUCAGCCCCACUGAGUUAAAACCUUUCUGGAACCUUCUUCUACAGUUCUGGCUGCACCUCUUUUCUCCAUCAGAUUUUCUCAUCUGCACACCGGAAGUUUUGGCCGCUAAUGUUUGCAAAUUAGUUUAAAUGUAUUCAGACUGGAUGGAGAAACUCCAAACAAUCCAAUUUGUAGUCCUGCCACAGAUUCACAAUUGACAUUAGUGUUUUUUGCACCAUAUUUUUAUCUGUACCUCACUGUGAUGCUGCCUUCAAACUUCAAAAAUACAUAUAAGUUCUGCAAUAAUUUCAAAAUUAGUUGCUCUUUUCCUUCCGCUUUACAAUUAUGCUGUUGGUCUGAUACAUUAAAUCCCAAAUAAAACACACGUAAGUAUGUGGCUGCAGUGUGACUAAAGGUGGUUUUGAAGUAUUAAUUAAUUUUGGAUGACAGUGCAUUUAUAUAUUUCAAAGAAUUAUUUUUUUUAACAGCUAACUAACUGAGAAGUGAGGGUGAUGAGAGGUAGAAAUAAUCUGAGUUAAUCCAAGUCAACACAGACCAGCCGAAAUCUGAGGAGAAACAUUCCAAACAUUAAAACAAGUGUGACAGGUCAUCUGUGAUUAGUGGACAAAAGGGUGACAGACAAGUUAUUAAUUUCAAUACAUUUGAUAGGAUAUUAAAUUUUUUUGCCAUAAUUUAUUUUUGACCCCUAAAACAUCUUUUUUUCUGCCAAAAUAACUUUUGGCAAAAAAGAGUAAAAAAUAAGACACAUUAUUUCAGAAAGAUGACGAUCUAGGAUAUUCACUGAACUCUGAUCCAGAACUGCACAGCAUUCUGGGAGAUGUAGGGAGAGGAAAAGCGUUAGCUGCUCAACCUGACACAGUGAGCUAAGCUCCACCAGCUAAGCAAGGCUGGUGGUGUCAACUAACUCACUCGCUCUUUGGUUACCUAGCAACAACCUGCUGAUUAACUUGCACAGCAGCAGUUUCAGAUUUCUCCAUCGUACUUAAAAAUAAAAAAACCAACAGCGUGGAGGAAAUACUAGAUACGUCAGGAAAAGGUCACACCAGCAGCUUGGCAGUUUCUCAGACAUAUUAAACAAAAAAAAAAAUGUCCAUCAAUAAUUAUCGAUAUCGACAAUUGUUGAUAUUGGCUGAUAUAAAACAUGUAUGUUGUGAAAGGGUUUUUAGGCAUGUUGUGCAGCCCUAGCUUACAGGCCUUGUUUCUCCGUGUGUGAAUCUGACAUGCUGAGGUUUAAGUCUUAUAUCUUUUAUGAUGGAAGGAAAAUAAACUGAGUUUGUUUUGCAGCCGUUUCCGCUGUGAUGUGAGUGAAAGCAGUGAAAGGACUCACUGCAGUGAAAGGACUCACUGCGCUCUCUGUUAACAGUGGAAACACAGCGGCCCACUGUCUGCCUGCACAGACUCUGAAGGCUCUCUGUCAUCACAUACUUACACUCACAUUGGCUUUUUCUUUUCUUCCCUUCUUCUUCUUCCUUUCAGUUUCACGAGACGUCAAAGACUUGGAUUAUCACUAGCGAGUUGACCGUCAUAUUUCACAGUGACGUCUAACCGGUGAAGCUACAGGUCCAGUUUUUUUGUGGGAAGAAAUAAGCGUCAAGUUUCCCCAUAAUUAUCAGUCUGUAAAUAAGCCCAGGCAGGUAAAAUGUCUGGGUUUCCCCUUGCUGUUUCUCACAAGCUUGUGUUUCUUACGCAGACAGCAGCUCUGUAAGGAAAGGUAAAAGUUCUCGUUGCAGUAUUUUUAUUUUUUUUUCCAAAGUUAUCCAAACCCUGUUUUGCAGAGACGUGGUGGUUCAGAUACAUGUAUCAUAUUGUGCAGAUGUUUUGAGCCUCCCCUUGUUUUUAUAUUUGGCCUCAAGCAGACUAACUGUUUUUUGUAACAAUCUGCUCUGAUGGUGAGGAGCACAAUACUGUGAGUGCUCUGCCAUACUUAAUAAAAAACAGAAUUUGUGCAAGUCUUUA